UCUGGCCCUGCCGGGGUUUUCCUGGACGCGGAGGGUCCUGGUUGCUGUCGGCCGUCAGCCUGCUAGUGACAGAGGUUGUUUUUGGGGUUUCUUUUUUUGUGCAGCAGCUUGAAAUCAACAGGAAGAAGAAGAGGAAGUUGGUUUUCUUCCCUCUGAACGCUGCGCUGAUCACUGACCAGACUGAGGCGGCUCGUGAGCAGCGGCAUUAAUCCGCUCCAUCACAGCUCGAUUUUCCAUCACUGAAAGCACAAGCACCCAGACUCAGUAUAGGCUGCAUUUAAAUCGGCGUUCUCACUGAGAUCCGGAUCUGCUUCACAAGUCAGACCUGAGACGUGACCGGACGGACGGCGUCACACACGCUAAACAGAUUCGCGUUCCUCCUCUGCAGAAGGAAGGAGUGGUGAGGAACGAGGCCCGUCUGUCGGUCGGACGGUGGACGAGCAGCAGCACCCGGAAAAUAAAAUCUGUAAAAGACCCACCGAGGCCGUGAGGGUGAAAAAUUAAAAAUCAUCACCAUUUGAUCGUCAGAUGGUGGUCUCCUCUCGUUAGAGCAAAAACAGUCUUGGGUUUGACGUCAACUGGACGGACGUCGUGUCUUUAAGAGGCGAGGAGACGUGAGGAGGAAAGAGUAUGAGCUCGGACCGAAUGCCGUCCAGGUCGGAGGUGAUGGGUUGGAGCCCGCAGCAGCUGGCGGACUACUUGAGGAAGAUGAAUCUGUCGGGCUGUGAUAAAGCUGUGAUGAAGAACUGCAUCAGCGGCUCCAGGUUUGUGAAUCUGAGCGAUAACGACCUGCAGAAAUUCCCCAAAAUCCACGCUCCGAUGGUCUCUAAGAUCAGCAAUGAAAUCAGCAAGAAGGAGGAGAGGAGAGGCCUGUUUGGUAGAAAAACGACGCCCAAAUAUCACGAACCAGACACCACUGCUGACGCUCACGGCUGGGGCGAAGACGAGUUUGAUGAAGACUUUGACGAUGACUACGAGAGUCCGAACAGCUGUGACGAGGACGGCAGCGGGGGGGACUACGAGUCCCCAAAUGAUGACCUGGAAGGGGCCAACGAUUACGAGCCUCCUCCCUCCGAACCUCCAGAGGACCUAGCUCACAAGCUGUGCCCCACCCUGCCCAUCGGAGAUGGCGAUUACAUAGAUAACAGGGAUAACCAUGUGUUGUUCAGAGGCCACCCCCCUGCUGUGUGUCCUCGCCCCCCGGUCCCCUCCACCCUGUCUGCUCCAUCUCCCCGGAUGCCAGGAGAGUCGACCUCUAGAAGAGACCCCUCCCCGCACUGUGGCGGACCAGCAUCAAGAAAAUUUCCUCCGGAGCCACCGCAGAUCUUUCGUGGCAACAAACCGGGCAGAGAUUCUGGACCCAACUCAUCCCCCAUCAGAGGACCUCACCGCAACACAGUGGAUAGGCCGGGCACACAAUCUUGGAAGCCUCAGCCGGACAUCCAGGAUCCUCCCACCUGGUCCAAACCUCCCAUUUUUCCUCCAUCCUCCACCUCCGUCAGCAGGAGCAACUCCUCAGCCAGGCCUCCUCCCAACAGAUUUGAUGCAAGGAGAGAGCAACAACAUGAUGAAGCUCCUAAACACCACACCUUCCCCCUCCAGAGUAAAUGUCUGCCCCCCCGCCCUGGGCUCCCUGGGCCCCCCUCACGCCACGGAGAGAGUCUGCCUCCCAGCGUCCCCUCUGGAGGCUCUCUGCCCAACAAACUGCACUCUGCGAAGGUCGAGCUCGGAAGCAGCUUCGGUGGAUCAGACAGGCAGUCGUUUCGCCCUCCAACCACAACAUCACACAAACAGGAGAUGGACCCUUGCUGGUACGUGGGUAAAGUGACCAGAGGUCAGGCAGAAGGAUGUCUGAAACGGGUCCACAAGGACGGGGCGUACCUGGUGAGGGACAGCACCCGGCAGCUGGCCAAUCAGCCCUUUACCCUGAUGGUCUUCUACCAGGACAAAGUCUUCAACAUCCAGAUCAGACAGCAGAACCAGCAGUUCCUGCUGGGCACUGGACUCAAAGUGCAGGAGUGUUUCCCGUCAGUUAGUGAAAUCAUCGGCCAUUACUCCCAGUCUCCUCUGCUCCUCAUUGACGCCAAGAACCGGUGCUCCGGCCAGCAGAACCAGUGUCUCCUCUCUGACCCAGCUGGAUACUACAUGACUGGAAAGAACUGGUCCUGACCGGAUCAAACCGCAUCAGACCAACCAUCGAACUAAACCGGGGGGAAACCCAACAGGCAGAGUUAAGAUGGAUGUCCACCUCAAACAUUAUCAGCGAAUAAGGCAAACCUUAUUCCAGCGGCAGCGAGAAGGGUUUUUUUGUGAUGGUGAAGGAAAAAUGUCAGAUUUUUGCAAGUCUCUUCAUUUGCUUGCUUUAGAUCAUUUGCAUUUACAAACACAAACAGCCUCUAGUUUUGUGAUGGCUCUCUGCGCUCGGGACAAUAAACCUCUCGGAGUUUUGAGACCACCACCCAGAAAUGUUUUAGAGCUUUUAAAUUAUAUUUUCUUUAUGAUGCUCCUUUCAGUACAUCGUGUUGGACAAAUGCUGAGUAUAUUCCUCAUUCAAACUAUGUAUGUCCACGGCCGAAAGCGUCCCGUCUCGGUCUUCAGCCGAGCUAAAUAAAACUCACUUUUCAUGA